AAAACUAACCCAGGAAGAGUAUGAGCGUCAGGAGAAGGAGCAGAAAUUGUCUGCUGCAGACGAAAAAGCUGUGCUGGCCAUCGAGGAAGUGAAAGUUUACAAGCAAAGGAUCCAAGAUAUGGAAGAAGAAUUGCAAAAAACAGAGAGAUCUUACAAAAAUCAGAUUGCUGCUCAUGAGAAAAAGGCACAUGACAAUUGGCUUAUUGCCCGCUCUGCCGAGAGAGCUCUGGCUGAAGAAAAAAGAGAAGCAGCGAACCUGAGACAAAAAUUAAUGGAAGUAAACCAAAAAAUCGUCAUGCUUCAAAGACCAUUAAUUGUAAAGCCAACUCCAGGCAGACCCGAUCGCCAAGUCCCACCACGACGAGGGCCCUUAAGCAGAGAUGGCUCUUUUGGCCCAUCACCUGUAAGUGGAGGAAAUCCAUCACCCACACAGAUGAUAGAAGUUCCUGCUCGGCCCCUUUCUGCUCCUCGAAGGGAAGGCUCAAGAGGUGAAUUCGGUGCAGUGGUAGAUGGCCCCCCUGCUCCACGAAGGCCACCAGAGUUACCCGGAAGGAUGUCUGUUCCUGAUCUCAGGCCUGCUGUAGCAUCCCUGAUCAGUAGUGGGCCAAGAACCUCCUCCCCUUCCACAGCAAUGGAUGGAGUGGCUAACGCUACUCCCAAAGGCCCACCUUCUUUCCCUGGGACACCUAACAUGACCUCCCCAGUGAUGGGACCUCCGCCUCCACUGCCUGUUCGCUAUGGACCGCCGCCAGCUCCUCUCCAUGGGCACUUUGGGCCUCGACCUCUUCCCGUGCCCCUAGUUCGCGGUGCUCCCUUGCCACCUCCAGCUGCAAGGGAUUUCUUACCUGGCCCACCCUUAGGAAUAAGAGAUCUGCCUCCUGGCCCGCUACUGCCUCCUCCAGAUCCAAGAGGCUAUGGACGUGGGCACCCUCCUUUCCGGCCCCUGGGGCCUCCUGGCCCAAGAGAUUAUCCUCCAGGCCCACAGCUACCCCCACCUGGUUCGAGAGACUAUACACCUUCUCCUAACAGAGACUUGCCUCCGUCGGGACCCAGAGACUACCCCGCAGGCCCCCCGCCACCACCGGCAGGCUCAAAGGACUACACACAGCCUCCAGCGCAGAAACCCUAACCGCAGCGUCGGGUCAGCAGCUCAACAGAAUGGACUAGCGCACUUCCUGUGGUCAGGAUUUUAGGAAAUGGUUCUCUAUUCGAAGCCAUUUGUCUCGUUUCAGUAUAUUACAGCUUUUGCGGGAUUAAUUUUUAUCCAAUUGCUACAGACAUCUUAUGUGCAUUUAUGAUCACCUUAAACUCAUCCAUCCUCUUGAGCUGCAAGAACCUUUUUGUGAUGGACUUGAACCUACUCUAAACGUGCAAUAGAAAGGAAGUACCUGUGUGGCUAGUUUUAAUUAAAUGUAGCCUCUGUAACCAGUUGGUGAAUGAACUAAUUUCGUGAAAAAUGUAAAUCAAAUCAUUUCCUGUGGAAAUAAUUUUUAAGUAAAAUGCUAUCCUACCUGCCUUCUCCAUCACAUCAUUAAGCUGCAGUUAUUUUAGGCCAGGGGUUUACAUGAGGACUAU